AUUCUCUCUACUCUUCUUCAUUAUUCUUUCUUUUUUUCUAACAAGAUAAAAUUAAUUCCAAUUUUUUUUUCCCAAAAUUAUUUUUCUUAUCGUGCCAAACAACCCCUAAAUGGAUAAAACCUCUACAAGCGUAUACUAUCAGCUCCUUCACUAAGAUAGUACACUGGAAAAUGCUAUCUUCACUGCAAACUCCCCAUCGUCUUCUUCGUUUUUCUCUAAAAUGCAUCCACACCCACCCCACCCCCACACCCACCCCCACUCCUACGCCUACCCUACCCACCCCCACCCCACCCCCACCCACCUCCCAAAUCCUCACAACCCGUAAAUCCCUCUUAUCCCGUGAAAUCUCAGCCGUUGAUCUCGCCACUACUUUCUUGAACCGUUUACACCAGACCGAACCGCAACUACAAAGCUUUCUACAUGUAUCCGACGUCGUAUUAAAAGAAGCUGAAGAGAUUGACAAGAAAAUUGCGGAGAAUAAUGAGGAAUUGGGGAUUCUUGCUGGGGUUUUAGUUGGGGUUAAGGAUAAUAUAUGUACUGUUGAUUUUGCUACUACUGCGGGUUCCAAGAUUUUGGAGGACUAUAGACCCCCUUUUGAUGCUACUGCAAUUGGGAAAGUGAAAAAGUGUGGUGGGAUUGUUAUUGGGAAGACCAAUAUGGAUGAGUUUGGGAUGGGGAGUACGACUGAAGGGUCUGCUUAUCAGGUGACAGCAAAUCCUUGGGAUUUGUCCCGGGUACCAGGUGGUUCAUCAGGAGGCUCAGCUGCAGCUGUUUCUGCUGGACAAUGUAUGGUAUCAUUGGGAAGUGAUACUGGUGGAAGUGUAAGACAACCAGCAUCUUUCUGUGGUGUUGUUGGUCUGAAGCCAACAUAUGGUCGUGUAUCCAGAUAUGGGCUCGUGGCAUAUGCUUCGUCUCUGGAUGUUAUUGGUUGUUUUGGCACAUCAGUUGCUGAUGCAGGCAUUCUCCUUCAUGCAAUUUCUGGUCAUGACAAAUUUGACGCAACAAGUAGCAAGAGAGAAGUUCCCGACUUCGCUUCCCAAUUUAUUGCAAGAGAUAAUUUGGACUCCAAACCUCUUAAAGGAUUGAGAGUUGGUCUUAUCCGGGAAACUAUUGAAGAUGGAGUUGACCCAGAAGUAACUUCUUCAAUCCGUGGUGCGGCUAGUCAUCUUGAAGAACUUGGGUGCACUGUUACCGAGGUCUCUUUGCCAUCCUUUUCACUUGGAUUGCCGGCUUACUAUAUCCUUGCUUCAUCUGAAUCUUCUUCAAAUUUGUCCCGUUAUGAUGGUGUCAGGUAUGGGAAACAAGUUGUCGCUGAUGAGUUAAACUCCCUUUAUGGAGAAUCCCGUGCUGGAGGCUUAGGUUCUGAGGUGAAAAUGAGAAUACUAAUGGGAACAUACGCUCUGUCUGCUGGUUAUUAUGAUGCAUACUACAAGCGAGCCCAGCAGGUCAGGACUUUGGUUAGGGAAAGCUUCAGGGCAGCAUUAGAUGAGAACGAUAUUUUGAUUUCACCUGCUGCACCAUCAGCGGCUUACAAAAUUGGUGAAAAGAAGAACGACCCGUUGUCAAUGUAUGCUGGUGAUAUUAUGACUGUCAAUGUCAACUUGGCUGGUCUUCCAGCAUUAGUUCUCCCUUGUGGAUUUGUUAAUAGCAGUUCGGUUGCCCUUCCCGUUGGUAUUCAGAUGAUUGGUGCUGCAUUUGAAGAGGAGAAGUUGCUUAAAGUAGGACAUAUCUUUGAGCAGACACUGCAAGGCUGCUCUUUUAUUCCUCCUCUAGUAUCCGAUGAAUCGGCAUGCUAGUCGUGAAUCCUCUCGCAAUAUGAGAAAGUUAUCUUCCGUUAAUCAAUCUAACGAUUUCAUGAAACUUGCUGGCGAUAUAGCUAUGGUGGUAAGCUCUCUGCUGAUGGGAAAUUAUUUCACAAACCAGUGCAUUCAUAAUACUUCUUUCUGCUGGCUUUGUAGGAGGAUUGGCGUAUAAAUAUGCGCACCAAUCGAGAAUUAUUCAUAAGAAUUCUCAGUAUCUGAGAUACUUGUAGCUUGUGGCAAGCAAAUUCUUUUGUAAAUUACAUCCAAUUUUGACACUGAUGUGUACAUUUAUUUCAUCUUUGUUUUCUGGAAAGUUGUUUUGGACAUAAUUCUGCUGGAUAAAUGCCUUUAUCAGACA